CUGAGCGGCCUUUUACGUCACGUCCGGUUUGGCGCCCCGAGGAGAGGCAAGAUGAUUCCGCCGGUGGAGGUGUCCCCGCUCAUUAAGUUCACCAGGUACUCAGCACUGUUACUUGGAAUGAUCUAUGGGAAAAAAAGAUAUGACUACUUAAAACCUGUUGCCGAAGAGGAAAAGAGAAUAGAAGCAGAGGAGAAAAAGAAGCGUGAGGAAAUGGAACGAAUUGCAAAAGCAAUUGCAGAAGCCAGCGAAGAUACAAUACUGAAAUAAACCGGCGUGAUCCUCCUCUUUACCUUUAAUACCCACUGUUUGAAAUGUUGAAGUAGAUAAUCUUCAAUGUCAAACACAAACUUAUUUACAUCAAUAAACAGUUCAAAACAUU